GGCAGACUGGCCCGGGGAUACUCCUUGCUUUGCUGCUUUCGAACUCUCCUUGAGCGGCAACGGCAACGUUCAAGGCAGACAACGACAACAAGACAACAUCGCAACGCCUAACGUAUUCAAUAAUCAAGUUGGUCCAUAAGUCGAAGCGUGCCAGAUACUGUUACUGCUGACUUCUUGUUACCCAGAGGAACCUGAAAAUGGUACCGUACCUCCAUUGACGUAUGUCUACAGGACUUUGAGAAAACACACUUUCAACGUCCACCUUCUGUUCCACCCCCUCCUCCCCUCUCAGCAAUGCAUUUGGGCCAAGGUGCCUUAGUGUCCUCCGCCCUUCCACUCACAUCACCUCUCACACUCUCUCUUUCAGUCAAACUCAAGACUGGUUCAGAUGGGGUAUCUCAAGUCCUGGAAGCCACUCAUAGCACUCCUCCUCUGUCUUCUUCCGUUGUACCCAGAUAUCAGAAAAAUGGCGAUAGAUUCCUUGGAAGGCCUCUUAGAAAGGGACCGAAGAUGAGGGAGGGGACAUAUGCAGGCAAAAAGGGGUCGCAUGUAAGGGGGAGGAGAAAGACCCAGAUCCCGGGGAACAACAAGCAACACUUGGCCGACGCUCGUCACGACACGUAUAAGGUACAUAUGUACGAUGCGUAUAGCGUACCUGUUAGUUUGCCCCCCUUCUGAGACGCAGGUCCGCGGGUUCGCAGGAAAGGCCCCCGAGGUACCUAGGUAGGCAGGCUAGAGGAAGCACCGGGAGGCGGACCAUAUGUGUGUGCUCUUGUGGCUCUACCUAUCUAUGUCUGUGUGUGGGUUACGCCGAAUCUAUCCGUAGUCCCGUCAGGAACAUGCGAGACACGCUCGGAUUCAUACGAGAGGGUUGGAUCACGUUGAGGGGGAGGGGGGGAGUUCUUCAGUACCUACGAUAAAUUAAGGCGAGGACGGUUACAUGGCGUACACGCCCUGUCUAUAGGUGCCUGGGGUUAUUGGUAGUGAGAUCUAUGAGACGAAACGGAUCGGAUAUAGUUGAGGCAUACAUAGAUGAGGACUAUCUGCGGUAGGUAUCUGCUCUGUGUACAAUCUCUCACCUUCAACGAAUACAGAUCCCUUCGUUGUUUCGUUCGGUCAUUCUUGGAAAUGGGAUCACCUAACUUCACUCACUCAGACCGCUACAGUCGGCCUGCCACUCCGGUGUUUUGGGCCCAAAGAGAUACUAUGGGGCGCAGAAAACUCGGAUGGGCAUCUAACUGGACCGUCGAAAACAAGUGACAUGGAUGAUGGAUGUAAGCAUAUUGAUAAUUGGGAGUGCGCACAAAGAAGGGAAAAACUCUGCUACAACCUGGAGCAACUUGGAGCAACUUGGAGGGGGGUUUCCAUUGAGUGGGGAAGCAAAGAAAGGGAGUGAGUCUGCUAAGAACAAUGUUCGCAUGAGAUUAUAUCUGCACAUGUAGGCAUCAGUGGGCUUCCGGUCUACUACUUGUGUAUUUACAGGCAAAGUAUCUAGUCAGCUCCAGCUUUGUCCGUUGAACUAACUACCUAAGUGAUCCUGGGAGAAAUCGUGAAAGCGAGAAGCGUAAAAGGCAUAUUUGCAUACUCUGAUCAACCAGAGUGUGAAUAGACAGGUGACCAAAGAGGUGGUAUGUAACGACUGAACAGAAUAAACCAAAAUGAAAGAGCAUGCUGUAAUCACAAUGCUGAAGAACAGCAAUGAACCGGCAGCAAUCAACACACCGCUGGAUGCCGGGAUUCUAAUGUUCUCAGGCCAUAAAUCGUUCUUUCCUCUUCUGGGUUGAGAUUCAUCCCACCACCUUCACGCUUGAUGCCCGAGAGACAUCAUAUAUACCCUGAAUAUUCGGCUUCGCCAACCUUUCCGGGAUAAAGCGGAUACCUUGGGCUGGGUAACGAUCAUUUCCCGGCACCUGUUCCCAGUAUCUAUUCUAUCUCCAGCUUUUAAUUCCGGAGCAGGUCCUGAUGUCUCUCGAGAUACAGCUGUGCAAAACACACAUGGUAGCUAGAGGUAGUCAUACUAGCUACUAAGGCAUGUACGUACCUACAUCUGGCCAUCUUUUUGUCUGAGCUGUACCUGCUUUCUCCAUCGUGCUAGGUAGUGCUGGAUGGUUGGAAAAAUUGGCAAAGUCUUUGGGCUUUCUACAUACAUUGAAACACAAGCUUGC